CCACCUUCAAGGCCAUCAUACAACCUUACACGGGUGAAACGCGCAGAAAAGUGGAAUCAUGAAUUAAAGGUGUCUCAAUGAGUGAACCAGUCCGCGUAUCGUGAUAAAGCAGUUCUAAAACCGUUAUGCUGCGCUCAAUUUGAAUCGUUUCGAUUGUUCAGUGCCGUUGAAACCGGGAAUAUCGGUGGCUAAGUGUUUCGCUUGUUGCACAGUUGCCAAGGCGACUAAGGUGCGUGGCUGCGUGCGUGUGCGUGCUGAAAGCGUGCUAUGAAAAGAGAACGAUCGUUGAAACGGCAAUUCUACGGCUAUCUUCGCGCCGAUGGCAAUUCGAUGUUUUGAAAAACGAACAGCCUGAAGACGGGAAUAUUAUGGACUACCCGGUUCUGGGCCACUACGACCCGUCCGUAGAGGCCACGGCCGAGAGCGGCGGAGACGAGCAAGAACUGCUUUGGGAAGAAACAAAUUAUGUAUUAUCCACCGAGGAAUAUGUACCAGCAACAGAACAAUUUGGAGAGGAUUUUGCUGGGGCUGAGUUUCAUGAAACUCGAACCUUACUUGCCGAUGGGGGGGAUAGGUUUGGAGUUUCAACUGCUACUUUUGACACUAUCGAAGAACUUAUGUGGAUGGGGAAUCAAGGGGGUCAUGUAACGUCUUACUAUGGGGCUGGGUUACAAAAAUAUACCUCAUUUCAAGUACAUGCAACACAAGAAGUUCGACAUAUCCAUCCCUUAGAUGAGGGAAUUUUAAUUUUGACCCAAAGCUUGUUAAGAUGUCAAUUACGGAGAGGCAUACCAAUAUUUACUCACACGUCAUCAAAUAUGAUAGACAUGCAGUGUAUGCUUCAAAUUUCUCCAACAAGAUUACUAAUGGGGGGACAUCAGGAUAAAAUAAUUGAUUUUAAUCUUACUAGAGGGAAAGAGACUGGUGUAGUAAACGUAGGGGAAAGUGGUUGCGCAAUUUUAAGGCAGCAUAGUAGACUUAUAUGUGCUGGUAAUCCUGCUGGAAGAAUUGAUCUCAGGGAUCCGAAUACGUUAUCAGUAGAACAUACCUUCGAUACGCAUAGCGGAUCUCUUAGUGAUUUUGAUGUUCAAGGGAAUUAUCUUGUUACCUGUGGUUUUAGUAAUAGUCGUCAGGGCCUCUCAGUAGAUCGUUUCUUAAUGGCAUAUGAUCUGAGACAAAUGCGAGCAUUAAGUCCUGUUACUACUCUGGUAUACCCUCUUUUAUUAAAGUUCCUACCCAGUUAUUCAAGCCGUUUAGCUGUUGUAUCGCCAUUGGGACAAAUGCAACUUCUUGAUACUAUCUAUGCAAAUGUACAACCAUCUAUGACAUGUUUAUAUCAGGUUGCUACUGGUGGUGCUAUGAUUUUAUCCUUUGAUGUGUCCUCCACAUCCCAAUGCCUUUGUUUUGGAGAUUCAGCAGGUUCUAUACAUCUUAUGUCUACAAAUACACCAGAACCUCAGUUCAAUACAUUUUCUCGACCAACAGAAUUUGCUGACCCAGUAGAGUCAAUUCAAUCCAUAGCAUUUGAUGAUGAUGUUACACCACUAAGUACAAUACCUAUUGUAUAUACUGGGCACCUGUUAUUGAGUGAUUGGUCAGAUGAAUAUUUAAAAAAAGUUUAUAGGAAGACACCACCAAUUGACCCUGAAAUUCUACGCACAAUGAAAAUGCAAGGAACAAUAGGUUAUGCUCCAAAUCCUCAGGCGUUUCGCAGAAAUCAAAUACCUUACAAUUUGGAAAAACGACGUGGCGUAGUCGCAAAGCUAUUCGCGGGGGACUCACGAUCUAAAACAGAUGACUGCACAUUUGUGGCGAUACCUAAACGCUAUCGUAAAAUAGAGGUGAAAUAUUCACGUCUUGGUUACGAUGAAUUUGAUUUCGAUCAAUAUAAUCGUACCAGCUUUUGCGGUCUGGAAGCCACACUUCCCAACAGUUACUGCAAUGCUAUGUUACAGUUACUUUACUAUUGCGAACCUGUGAGGAUAGCAUUACUUUCGCAUUCAUGCCAAAGAGAGUUCUGCCUUUCCUGCGAACUAGGAUUCUUAUUUCAUAUGUUGGACACAUCUAGAGGGUUGCCUUGCCAGGCUGCAAAUUUUCUCAGAGCUUUUAGGACGGUUCCUGAAGCAGCGGCAUUAGGACUUAUAUUGAGUGAUCUACAUCCAGAAACUAAAAGGAAAACUAACUUGAUACGGCUGAUACAAAGUUGGAAUCGAUUUAUUCUACAUCAAAUUCAUUAUGAAAUCCUGGAAACAAAGAAACGACAACAGGAGGAAGAGGAAGCAGCUCGUCUUAAAGCUGGCCCCAAGUGUUCACCAUUUGUUUAUAAUGAACAAGAUUUUCCUAGCAUUUUACAGGAUAUUGGUUCACGGUAUAGAAGUCAUGACGAAGAAAGAAAAAAGAGGAGGAAGCAAGAGGAGGAUGGUAAAUAUAUGUGGAUCACAUCGAAAGACAAGAACAACAAAAAAUCUAUUGAAGAAAAUGAAGUACGGGACGAAGAGACAGAGAUCAGUCGUCUGUUUGGGUCAGAACAAACGCACAUACAUCGUUGUCUCAAAUGUGGGCAAGAAGCUACAAAACAUUCCAUCAUGUUGCUGUGUAACUUAGUUUAUCCAGAAUUAACACAUCCUUCAGAGGAGGUUCCGUUUACAAAUGUUCUUGCCCGCAGUUUAAGACCCGAGAAAAUUACACCUGCAUGGUGUGACAGUUGUCAAAAAUUUACACCCACUCUCCAAUCUCGACAAUUGACUAAACUACCUCAAAUAUUGGCACUGAACUGUGGUUUAGAUACACAACAGGAUAAAUCAUUUUGGCAAACACAAAUGGAUAUUGUCGUUCAAAAAGUGUUAAGUGGAAAGGAAAGUAGUCCAUCUUCAAGUCCCGUUCCUAUCACUGUGAAACCUUGUCGAUACGGUAACAAUUGCACCCGUACUGGUUGUAGAUUUAGGCAUAUGGGUAGAGAUUCAGAAAACGUAUCAACAUCUCCUGUAACACCCCCUAUACCAACUACAACACCUGUUGCAACUCCACCUAGUCACUUGUAUUAUUCACAUUCAUGGAUACCACACAAUAUAGAAAUUUCUUUGAAAAGUAGCGGUGAACUUAAUGUAGAGAAGAUUAGCAAUCCAAAGAAUAAUUCUAAUGAAAGUACUAAGCCUAGCGAAGAAACGGUAGUAGAAAAUGGUCAGAGUGACGAUAAAAUGCAACAAGAUUUAGAAGGUUGUGCGACGGAAUCGGAAACGAAAGUAUUGGAAAAUCAUGUUACCCCAGUACCAGACAAUGGAGAUGGCGGAAGCACAAAUAAGAUUAAUGAAAGUUUAAACAAAGUGAGCAAAAUGGAAUAUAGUCUUAGCGCUGUUAUUUGUUACAUCGAUGAUAAAAGUAACGAAGACAGACGGAACAUUGUUGCCUUGCUACGAGUCGGACCAAAUUAUCAUGAAAGAUCAGCUGGUAGUGCAGUGUCACAGUGGUAUAUUUUAAAUGAUUUUUGCAUAUCAGCAGUGACCCCUCAAGAAGCAGUUUGGUUUAAUCUAGAUUGGAAAGUUCCUUGCGUACUUCAUUACACAGCUGUGCCAGCACCUGAACCUGCACCCUUAGUUAGUCCUCUUACAUAUGAUGUAUUUGGAGAAGAUAAAUGCAUUGCUCGCAGUGGGGGAACAAGAGGCAUCACAUUUACUCCUUUAACAUCCGAUGAAAUGCCAAAGAAAGGAGAACUGGUCGGAAUUGAUGCAGAAUUUGUUACUUUAAAUCAGGAAGAAUCUGAACUUCGCAGUGAUGGGAAAAUGUCAACUAUAAAACCGAGUCACAUGUCUGUUGCACGAAUUACUUGUAUACGUGGACAUGGUCCUUUGGAAGGAACUCCCUUCAUAGACGACUACAUAAGUACCCAAGAGCAAGUGGUUGAUUAUCUAACAAAAUUCAGUGGCAUUCAACCGGGUGAUUUGGAUGCUAAUUUCAGCAGUAAACAUUUAACUACUCUUAAAUCGACUUAUAAGAAGCUACGUUUCUUAGUUGACAAUGGAAUAAUAUUCGUUGGACACGGUUUAAAGAAUGAUUUUAGAGUAAUAAACUUAGUUGUACCACCGGAACAGGUAGUAGAUACUGUUUUACUGUUUCAUUUGCCUCAUCAUCGUAUGGUAUCAUUACGAUUUUUAACGUGGCAUUUUUUGGGCAAAAAAAUUCAAUCUGAAACACACGAUUCAACGGAGGACGCCCGUGCGGCUCUUGAAUUAUACCGCAAAUACGAAGAAUUAGAAAAUUCUGGAAAAUUAGCCGAAUCAUUGAAAGAACUUUACAACGUUGGCAAUCAGUUACAAUGGAAGGUGCCGGAUAGCUGAUACGAGGAUGACCCCCAUGAAGAGGUACAUGAUUUCGUCGCUUUGGGCAACGACAAUGAAGUUUAGAUGAUGAUUCCGAAGCAUGGUGUAAAUAAUUUAAAAAUUGUGCCUCGUGAAACAUCGUUUAAUUCAUUUUUAAGCAGCGUGGCAAGGUGCCAUUUUGCGGCGAAAUUAUGCGCUUCUCAGUUUCGGAUGUGUCUAAGGUAGAAAGAGCAGUCGUGGGUCAAGUGUGGCGAUGAUGUCGCAAAAAGUUCUGAUUACGGGUACAAUUACAUUCUCUUUUUAUAAUACCAGUUUGUCGAAAUCGUUCAUUAUAUAUAAGCAUAUUUGAAUCUUCUUAUGCAAGUCAGAUAUUUGGCCAAUUUUCAUCGAGUCGAUCAUGUAAAUCAUUAAGGGAACCGAAGGUAUGGAAUUCUUGUUGAUUAUAAUUUCAGGAAGUGAAACUUAUACACCGCAUCACUGCGAAUUUGUAAAUAUUGUCCAAUAGCACAUUAUCAUUUUGAAGAGCAAUAUCAAUCCCACACUGCUCGAUUAUGUAUUGAUAUUUAUUUUAAUUUCGCAACAUGUUUUAAUCUAAAGGCAACGCAAUCCAUCCUGUUCAGUAACCAUAUUACAGAUACGUGUACAUAAUCGAUAAUUUUCUAACAAUAAUUCUUGUUGGAGAAUCGAUAUGAAGGUAACGUUUCAAAGUUUCCUUUUAUACGUAUCUUUUCUAAAGUAUUGACGACUUUUGUACUGUUCAACUAUCAAUGACGCGCGCGAAAGGGAGAGCGAGAGAAAAAGCAAAAAUACAAUUUUUAUAAUAUUUA